GUGGCCUCUCCCGCUGCGGAGCACAGGCUCCGGACGCGCAGGCUCAGCGGCCAUGUCUCACGGGCCCAGCCGCUCCGCGGCAUGUGGGAUCUUCCCGGACCGGGGCACGAACCUGUGUCCCCUGCAUCAGCAGGCGGACUCCCAACCACUGGGUCACCAGGGAAGCCCAGGACUUGUCUUUUGAAUGUGGGAAGGUAUCAAGCCGGGCCCAGCGUGAGAGCAGGGACAGUGUGGGAGGCCUAGGGUCCUUUGUGUUUACAUGCACCUUGCGUGUUCGAGAAUCACGGACUAGAACUCUCUUGCUGAGUCAGAGCUGUGAUUUGGUCGCUCAAGACAGAAGGCGGGGAACACGAAUGAAUUGUAGAAUUACAGCGGUGAGGAGGGACGGGGAUGACUUCCUUUGGCCCCAGGAGGGGUGUGUUGUGGGUAAGUAGUGAUUCUCAGCCUGUUUGCUUAGUCCAGUGCCUGGCACCUAACAAGAGGUCGGAAUGUAUCUGCGACUGGUUGAAUCCUACAGAAUAAAGGAGGGGACGGAUUACAGAAAUCGGCGAUUAUUAUCCCAUUGUAGAGAUGAAGACACCGAGUCCUGAAGGUGACUCUAACCAGGCCUCUUGGCGGUCAGGGCAGAGUCAAUGCCCUAGUCGCCGUCCUGGCUCCCGCUGCCAUCCGCCCCCGCUCCCACCGGCCUCCCGCCACAAGCGCCCCACCCACCCCAUACUUCCGGAUUCCGCUCCGCCCCCUCAAAGCAGUUCCGGUUCCCGAGGCUGGAAGACGCGGCCCUGAACGGUGUUGCGAUUGGGCCCAAUGGUAUGUGGGGUCAUGUGGCGUCUAAGGACUUCAGGGUUCUACUAUGGGCCAGGCUUUGCUGCCACUUCUGAUUUGAACCUGAACCUGCUGCUGGACUCACCCUGAGUGCUGGGAUUCUUUGGGCUGUGUGCCCCGAGGAUGUGCCUGGACCUGCCUGUCGGUGUCCCAGCAAACCUACAGCCUCCCUACACAGACCUAGCCUUUCCAGGCUCCUCAGCCCAGACCCAUGAGCUAAUGAAAUAGAGCAGGCUGUGCGCUCUAGAGCCCGCGAGCCACCACUACUGAAGCCUGCGUGCCUAGAGCCCAUGCUCCGCAACAAGGGAAGCCACUGCAAUGAGAAGCCCGCGCACUGCAACAAAGAGUAGCCCCCGCUCGCUGCAACAAAAACCAUGUGGUCGCCGCAACAAAGACCAUGAGCAGCAACAAAGACCCAACACAGCCAAAAAUAAAUUAAUUAAUUUUAAAAAAAAGAGGGCAGGCUGGAGGUCACUGGGCUCAAGGCAGCCAUGGAUGCCAGGUGGUGCUGAGAGCAGUGGGGCAUGGCUGCAGCCCUGCAGGUCCUGCGUCACUUGGCCCGAGCCCCCUUGAGCCCGCUCCUCUGGGGGGGCCCAUUGGCCCGGCUGGCCAGUAGCAUGGCCCUGGCAGAGCAGGCACAGCAGCUGUUUGAGAGGACUGUGGGUGCCGUGCUGCCGGGCCCCAUGCUGCAGCGGGCACUGUCUUUGGAUCCUGACAGUGGGCAGCUGAAGGUGAGGGACCGGAGCUUUCAGCUGCAGCAAAACCUCUACCUGGUGGGCUUUGGCAAGGCUGUCCUGGGCAUGGCAACUGCAGCUGAGGAGCUCUUGGGCCAGCAUCUUGUGCAGGGCGUGAUCAGCGUUCCCAAGGGGAUCCGUGCUGCCAUGGAGAGUGCUGGCAAGCAGGAGAUGCUGUUGAAGCCACACAGCCGUGUCCAGGUAUUCGAGGGCGCGGAGAACAACCUGCCGGACCGAGAUGCCCUGCGGGCUGCUCUGGCCAUCCGGCAGCUGGCUGAAGGCCUCACAGCUGAUGACCUGCUGCUCGUGCUCAUCUCAGGUGGGGGCUCGGCCCUGCUGCCCGCCCCCAUUCCACCUGUAACACUGGAGGAGAAGCAGACACUCACCAAGCUGCUGGCGGCCCGUGGAGCCACCAUCCAGGAGCUGAACACCAUCCGGAAGGCCCUGUCCCAGCUCAAGGGUGGGGGGCUGGCUCAGGCGGCCUACCCUGCCCAGGUGGUGAGCCUGAUUCUGUCAGACGUGGUGGGGGACCCUGUGGAGGUGAUUGCCAGCGGCCCCACCGUGGCCAGCAUCCACAGUGUGCAAGAUUGCCUGCACAUCCUCAAUCGCUAUGGCCUUCGUGCUGCCCUGCCACGUUCUGUGAAGACUGUGCUGGCACGGGCUGACUCUGACCCCCAUGGGCCACACACCUGUGGUCAUGUCCUCAAUGUGAUCAUUGGCUCCAAUGCACUGGCACUGGCUGAGGCUCAGAAGCAGGCCGAGGCGCUGGGAUACAGGGCUGUGGUGCUGAGCACAGCUAUGCAGGGAGAUGUGAAAAGUGUAGCCCAGUUCUAUGCACUGCUGGCCCGAGUGGCUGGAACCCGCCUCACCAUGCCUGGGGCUGGAGCCUCUGUGGAGGAGGAUGAACAACUCUAUGAACUGGCGGCUGAGCUCCAGCUCUCAGACCUGCAGCUGAAGGAGGCUCUGGAGGCCAUGGUGGGCACUCGGGGCCCGGUCUGCUUGCUGGCUGGUGGUGAGCCCACAGUGCAGUUGCAGGGCUCAGGCAAGGGUGGCCGGAACCAGGAACUGGCCCUGCGUGUUGGAGCAGAGCUGGGACGGUGGCCGUUGGGGCCUGUUGAUGUGCUGUUUUUGAGCGGUGGCACUGAUGGGCAGGAUGGGCCCACAGAGGCAGCCGGGGCCUGGGUCAGGCCUGAGCUUACCAGCCAGGCCGCCGCCCAGGGUCUGGACGUGGCUGCCUUCCUAGCCCACAAUGACUCACAUACCUUCUUCUGUCGCUUCCAGGGUGGGGCACACCUGCUGCACACGGGGCUGACUGGCACCAAUGUCAUGGACGCCCACCUCCUGUUCCUGCAGCCGCGGUGAUAUUGUAGGUCAUGUUUUGGGAACCUAGAGGAGACCUGCAGGGCAGCGUCCUGGAGCAGACCAGGUUUGGUCCCCAGGGCCUCCCCAGGCUUUAGGGCCUCUCCUCUCCUUGGCCCUAGCUACAUGGUUGUCCCUCACACCUCCCAACCAGGGCCUCUGCUUUGUGUCCAACUCCUCAACCAGACAGGCAGAUGGGGGUUCUCUUCCACCCCUACUUUUUCAGCUGUGGCAGCAGGUACCCCUGAGGACCAGGACGAGCCCCUAGGCCAAUUUGCUGCUCCCAUUGUUUUCCCCCAGGCAGCCCCUCUGCACAGCUCCUGAGCAUGUUUCUUCUGUGGGGUGAAACAGGAAGGACUGAAAAUAAAAAGGACCACACUAUGGGUUCUCA